AGCGCAACAACGUUGGUAUCACAUGAGAUGCAUUACUGCGUGAAGCACAAAAGCUGAAAUGUCUGCAGAUACAGAAACUCGGAGAAGAUUGACCAGUGCCGGCUCUGAUAAUCAAGACCCUCUGUGGGACAAGGAUGGUGUCAGAGGUUAUGCUGGUGAUAGCGGCUCCUGCUAUGAACAGGAUCACCUCCAUCUCAACAUCCCUGACAGUCAGCAGCAUUUACCCUUCGGCCCCCAGAAGUGUAGCCCUUACAUACCCAAACGCAAAUGCACAGGAAGUAGUUCACACACUGCUGAUGAACUCUGGGAAGAAGUCCCAUGUAAAACCACUAUUAGCGCAGAGAAUGAGGUGGAGGCACAAAAACUCGCCAAUAAUUACAAGUUUGGAUUCAGAAAAUGGAAGAGCCACGUAACCGAGAGGCCCUUUCAAGACAGAUCAGAGAUAGUAAAGGAGCUCUACUCAGAGCUUAAUGUCAUUAAACCAAACACAGCAGGCUCUUUAUUUACCUGUGGCAAUGUUCUCUAUGUGGUUUUAUUUGGUUGGUGGAUCUCCCUGGUGUACCUUCUCACUAGCAUGUUGAUGUUCAUGACCAUUAUAGGAAUCCCUCAUGGAAAAUUGUGCUUGAGGUUGGCUGGUUAUUUUCUGUGGCCAUUUGGAAAAGCAAUACAGAAGGCGAGUAGCUCAUUAUCCAGUUUCAGCGUGAUCCUCCACAGUGAUGCUCGGCUAGCAAACAGGGACGAGGGGAACGCUACCUCCGCCCUCCUGCUGCCCACCUCUGUAGGGGACACUGUGGAGGAGCCCUGCAGGCCUCUACAGCAGCGCUCCUGGGGUCAGGCAAGUGUGUGUGUGUGGAUGCUGUUGGGUUAUCCUCCUCUGGCUGCAGCUCACUGUGUGCUGUGCCUAAUAUCCUGGCUCCUGGUCUUCACCAUCCCUGUGGCCAAGCUGAGCUUCAGAACCCUGGGCAGCAUCCUGCUUAUGGCCCCUGAGCAAGUACACAUCUGCUCUAGCACCAGUGGGGAAAGGGAGGAUGGAACCAUCCUCUGCUGCUACCAUGCAGUGAAUAUCUACUACUACAAAUACACCGUAGAUGGGAUCAACGUCUUUGCUGUCAAUCUGCUCCCUUUGGUCAUUGUCUCACUGAUAAUUGGCUAUGUGGACCAAGGCAACCAUUUUGUCAGCUCUGAGGUUAAGUUUGCCACAGCAAUCAGUUCAAUCAUUCCAUUAUCGUACUAUAUUGGAAUGGGUAUAGCCAGCAUAUCAGCUCAGAGUAACUUUGCGGUCGGAGCGGUGGUCAACGCAACGUUUGGCUCCAUCACUGAGCUCACCUUUUACAUCACAGCUUUGCUAAGGGGGCGUCGCCUGGGCAACAAGUGCCUAGAGGAGAUUGUGAAGGCCGCGCUGACUGGCACACUGCUUGGGUGCAUCCUCUUCAUUCCAGGGAUCUGUAUGAUCAUUGGUGGGCUGAAGCACAGGGAGCAGAGGUUUAACAGCCGCUCAGCAGGAGUCAGCUGCUCACUGCUCUUCAUAUCUAUUGGGGGCGUGUUUGCCCCCACCCUCUUCUCUAAAGCAUACGGGAAUCUUGUGUGUGAAGACUGCUCGAAUUCCUCUGAGAACAAUGGCAGCAAUGGGACGUUCACAUGCAGAAACUGCCACUAUGAUCUAAGUGAAAACAACUACAGCCUCUUUCAUAGUCAUAUAGGGCCGCUGGUAUACACAGUCUCUGUUCUGCUACCGGUGUCCUAUAUCAUUGGCCUUCUGUUCACGCUGAAGACCCAUUCACAUAUUUAUGACAUCCACGUUGGUGAAGAACACGCAUUGGGUCAUCUGGGCCCUGUGGUGCAUUGGUCCCGAUGGAGAGCUCUCCUCAUUCUCAUCGUUGCCACAGUGCUGAUGUCUGCCUGCAGUGAUCUCAUCACAGAGCACAUCCAACCCAUACUAACUCACCCAGGCAUCUCUCAGUAUUUUAUAGGUGUUACCGUUUUGGCUAUGGUUCCUGAAAUACCAGAGCUUGUCAAUGGAAUCCAGUUUGCUCUUCAGAAUAAUAUCAGCUUAAGUUUGGAGGUCGGGAGUUGCAUUGCAAUUCAGGUGUGCAUGAUUCAGAUCCCCAUACUGAUCCUGUUCAACGCUGUCUAUGAUGUUGGUUUUGUGCUCAUCUUCAGUGACCUGCACCUGUGGGCAAGCAUCUUCAGCGUCAUCCUCGUCAACUACAUCUUCAUGGAUGGAAAGUCUGAUUACUUUCAGGGUACUGCCCUGGUGGUGGUGUAUCUCAUCCUGCUUGCUCUCUAUUUCUUUGCCCCAUCACCUGCUGGUUGUUAAAUGUGACAGAGAAUGACCUGAUCUUCAUUUAGAAACCUCACCAUUUAGAAACUAGCAUUCUUAAUAACUACUACAUUAUUAUGACUAGAACUUACAUCAACACAUUUUUUGUUCUGUGCCACUGAUUGUUACACAACCUGACAGUGAAUUUUCAACAAAAUAAGUUAAAGUACUGCAGUUCCCAGUAUCAUCUGGUAAUGCUGUUAUAUAUUGUCUUAAGGUUCAUUAAUUAAAAUCUGACCAAACUGGUGGACAAGAAAAUCUUUUGCACUAUACUAAAAUAAAUGUUUAUAUGCUAUAAAAGGAAUAGCACUUUACAUAUGGAGCACUAUCAGGUAUUAAAUACAUUGCAGACACAUUCAGAUAAUGUCCCAAAAGCACAUGACAAGAAUAUAGCAUGCCAGAAAAGUGUAUGUUUAUGUUAGUCUGUCCGCUAUGUUUAUACAGUGCCAUAACUUUGGGAAACCAGGCAUGUUAGCAUUCUCUCAUGGAAUAAUGUCUGAGCAACUUAAUAAAGUUUUUAAUUUAAAC